CCCAGGGGACUGCAUGGCCCUAUGAUUACAGGUUUCUGUAUAAUCUGUGUCCUGGGCCAGAGUGGAAUGUGAUGUGUCGAGGAUGCUGUGAAUAUGAUGUAAUCCGCUGUAAAUGCCCUCUGCAGGGCACACCGGUGGGCUACGCCGUACCCUGCUGUCGCAAUGCACUCAAUGAGUGUGACCCCUGCAUCAUACACCCAGGUUGCAGUAUAUUCGAGAACUGUAAACGCUGCAAUAACGGAACCUGGGGUCCAAGGGAUGACUUCUUUGUCAAGGGACAGUACUGUUCUGAGUGUCGGCCCGGCUGGUCCGGAGGGAACUGUCUGAAGUGUGGUGGUGUCAUUAGAAAGCGUCAGGGACACAUUGUUCUGGAAAGUUACCCGACUAACGCCCGGUGUGAGUGGACUCUGCAGGUGGAUCGACCUUUCACUAUCGACCUCCGGUUUAUGAUGCUGAGUUUAGAAUUUGAUCACAACUGUCGCUAUGACUACGUAGAAGUACGCGACGGAGACAGCAUGGACUCUCAGGUGAUUGGUCGAUAUUGUGGGAACGAGAGACCUGCUCCCAUUCAGAGCACAGGCAAUUCCCUGCACAUUCUCUUUGUCUCUGAUGGCUACAAGAAUUUCGACGGAUUCUUUGCCAUCUUCCAGGAGAGCUCAGCUUGUUCGUCCUCUCCGUGUCUACACGACGGCACCUGUGUGCUGGACUCAUCCUACUCCUAUCACUGCGCCUGUCUGGCCGGAUACACAGGACAGAGGUGUGAAAAUGUGUUGAUGUGCCAGAGGCCACUGUCACCCGCCCAUGGAUUCACAGAGAGUCUGGACCUGCGUGUCGGAGGGCAGGUCCUGUUCCACUGUGACCCAGGCUUUGCCCUGAAGGGCUUCCAGAUGGCUACCUGCCUCCUGGACGGGACCUGGAGCUACCCCACCCCAGAGUGUGUGCCUCUUGAGGGAGUGUGUAGUCUGCCUGCUAAGCCGGCUCAUGGGGACCACUUUCUGGUCUACGGGCCAAACGACGUGCUCAUCGCCCUGCAGUACCUGUGUUACAGACCAUACAAACUACAGGGAAGCCCACAGCGGACAUGCCUGGCCAACAGCACCUGGUCUGGCUCCGCUCCCACCUGUGUCAAAGACAAAGAGGCUGAGAAGAGUCGCUGUCCCCCUCUUCCUCGGCUCUAUCAUGGAUGGACUGAGGUGGUUCCAGGUGUGCAGCCUGAGACAGUGCAGUUUUUCUGUAACCAUUCAUACGCUUUGAGCGGCAGUGCUCACAGGACAUGCCAACCUAAUGGGACAUGGACUGGCAUGCAGCCCCUCUGCGUCAGAGCCUGUCGGGAGCCCAAAGUCUCAGUGCUGGUCAGACAGACUGUCCUGCCUCCGCAGGUGCCCUCCAGGAAAACUCCCGUUCAUAAGCUGUAUUCCUCCACUGGACAAGGAAGACUCUCUGUAAGUCCCACCAGGUUUCCGUCCACCGCACCCCCUCUUCCCCGGGGCUUCCACCAUCUCUACACACACAUUGAGUACCAGUGCACAUCCCCCUACUACCAACACUCAGGCAGCAUCCGACGCACCUGCCUGAAAACGGGCAAAUGGAGUGGCCGCCAUGUCUCCUGCUCACCAGUCUGUGGGAAGCUGCUCACCUUUGACCCUCAGAGGCCGGCGGAAGCUCGCUGGCCCUGGCUUGCUGCCAUCUACCGUCGCCAUGGGGACAAGGCGGCAGGGAAAGCAUUGAAAAAGGGCAGCUUGGCGGAGCCAUUGGGUAAAGGGGUAGUGUCAGAGGAGGAGAGCGAGGCUGGCUCUGCAACGUGGCAACUGGUGUGUAGCGGAGCUCUGGUGAACCAGCGUAGCGUGGUGGUGGCCGCUCACUGUGUCACUGAGCUGGGCAAACUGUACCCGCUGGACGCUGCCAACGUUCGGGUGACGCUAGGAAAACAGUUCCGCAGUGACCUCCGAGACACCAAGAGCCUGCAGCACCUGCGGGUUUCAUCCAUCGUCGUCCAUCCGAACUACGACCCCCUGGUCCUGGACUCUGACUUGGCCGUGCUGAAGUUACUCGACAAAGCCCGGAUCGGAGAGCAUGUACUGCCCGUUUGUCUGCCCAGUGCCCAGGAAGCUGAGAUGGACACCAGUGUCGGCAUGGUAACAGGCUGGUCCCUGCUGCCGGACCAACGGGCAGGUGAGGAUGAGCGGGUACGCGUUGGCACGGUGCUGCUGGGUGACGUAGUACAGUGUGAACGGCAGUAUGCCCACCACGGAAUGCCAAUCGGCAUCACUGACAACAUGCUAUGUGGACGCCAGCAGCCCGACGCCGGCCUGUCUAACAUCUGCCCCGCUGACACCGGGGGAAUUCUAAUUCUCCCGCCUCUCUCACAAAGCCCCACCCUUACCCCAUUUGGCCCUGCCCCUCCCACACAGACCACCCCCAAACAGGAGUGGAGGCUCCUGGGACUGGUAAGUUUCGGUUAUGACCAGAGAGACUGUAAUCCUGAGCUUUACACCAUCUACACCCACAUCGCCAACUUUCUCGGCUUUAUAGAGGACAACAUGAAGUAG